GUGUCUCUCCUUCUGGCUGGAAGCAGAAGAGCAACUUCGACACCUGAACCUCUCCAGUUUGUUGGUAAAGUGGGCUUCUGCCACUGAAGUCACCGUCUCCCCAGGUGUGAGUGCUGGUGAGGUGCUUGCAUGCCUGUGUGUGCACUGAGCGUGUUUCGGGGUGAUGUACUGUACCAGCCAGGACCGAGAAGAGUUGGAGGAUGACCUCUAUCAAGAGGAUGACGGGGACUCUGAAGGGUCAGAGGCCAACAGCGAGCUGGAGUUUCGUCUCUACAGCCAGCUCCACUACUCCUCCAAUCCCGGGGAGUUGGAGGAGCAGGACGAUGGGGACGAGAAGGAGCCCGACAGAGAGCACCAGGACAGCCAGCAGCAUGAGGUGAUUGAGAAGGCUGAAGAUGAUGAUGAUGAAGAACUGAAACCUGGAAGAGAAGUCGAGCCUCCGUUACCUAUUUGCGGCUGGUUGCAGCAACAUCUGAAGAAGAAAAAGGGAGAGAAACAGGACAAACGGAAGAAGAGGAAAAGUGUCCCUAAAGGUCAGAAGUCAUCAUGUUUUGAGGAGGUCAUUGUGAUUGACUCCAGCACUGAAGUCAUCUCCAUCUCUGAGGAUGACACUGCUGACGACGAUGAAGGCGUCUGUGCUUUGAAGGGUCAAGGCCUGUGCCGGAUGCAGACUUCCACUCCGGCACAACAGAAAACCAAACAAAGGAAUCUUGGUGUGACGGUAACUGUGGCUUCCAGCAGUUCAGAAUCAGAUUCAGAAGAUGCAGAAUCCAAAUCUGAGUCUGAUUCGUCUUGUUCAUCCGAUUCGUCCGAUUCGGAUGCUCUGGAGAACUGGAUGAUCCUGGGUCGAGGGAAACAGGACGGAGACCAAUCCAUUUCACUCAACCUGGAAGGAGGGUCAGAGAGCCAUGAAGAUGCUGAAGAAGAAGGAGGAAGUUGGUUGGUUUCAGACAAAGACAUUGAGGCUCAGAUCUAUAACAAAGACAAGGGCGCCAGGGUAGCAGUACAGCGGGUGGCAAGCAGAUACUAUACUGGCAAAAACGUCCACUGUAGGAACUGCAACAAGAUGGGACAUCUCUCCAAGAACUGCCCCGAGCCAAAAAAGGUGCUACCGUGCUUCCUGUGUGGCACCCCAGGCCAUGUGGUCAGCGAAUGUCCCAGAAAACACUGCAACAACUGCGGCCUGCCUGGGCACCUCUACGGGUCCUGCAGUGAGAGGGCGUACUGGCACAAACAGUGUCAUCGGUGCAGCAUGACGGGGCACUUCUUUGACGCUUGUCCAGAGAUUUGGAGGCAGUACCACAUUACAACUAAAACCGGUCCUCCUGUAAAGCGGCAAGGAGAGGACAAUGGUCGAUCUCCUGCCUUCUGUUACAACUGCUCCAAGAAAGGACACUUUGGCCAUGAAUGUACACAGCGGAGGAUGUUCAAUGGAGUUUAUCCCAGCAUCCCGUUCAUUAACCACUAUGACACUGUUGAAGACAUUAAUCGUAGACAACACAGGGUCAAGUUUAAGGUUAAAGAACUGAAGAAAAAUGGCUUUUUAUCCGCUCUUGCUGAGACCCCUCUCACACCGGGACCACCAAAGAAGAAGCAGAAAAUCAGCCAUCAUAAAAACAGCCACCUGCCUAAUCAUAAACUUCACCAAACCCCUCACAACCACAAACCCAGCCCCAGCCAUGUCUUUUUUGAAGACAGCAGUGACUUUAGUGCCACAAUGCCCAAAAGAAAUAAGUACAGUAAGUCCAAACAAGAAAGCGGAGGCAGCGCAAAACCGUGGAAACCUAAGAGGCCUGUGCCCACCUCUAGAGACCCACUCCCAAGAAGUAAGCUAAUUUGUGAUGAAGCUGAUGACUUUCCCAGAGGAGGAGGCACAGGAGAGAGCAUACAGAAGAAGAAGAGAAAAAAGAGGAUGAAUAAAAUGAAGCAGGUUCCUUUCGGACUAACAGGGGGACACAAAGACAGCAGACCAGAUUAUCUGUGCAAGACUGUAGGAGGGAUGACGCCGGGGCCACAGUCAAAGACGGACAAAGCAAAGAAGAAUCAAAAGAGGAGAGAUCGAAACCUCAGGAAGGCUGACAAACAGUUUGGUGCAGAGAUGUACCCAACAGACGAGAAUCUGUUCGCCAUCAAACAAAGGAAACGCAGGAGAUAGUUUCUGUGAUGUGCAGAUCUUUAAGACCAACAGUUACGAUCAUGACAUUUAGGGAUGUGACAGACAUUUUGUUGACUCAGGUCUCACUAAAAAAGAGUUACAGUCAUCGUCGUGGCUUUAGGAGCCUUUACUUGACCUUUUUUCACAGAAACCAUUCUGACACGUCAGCAGGCAAUGCACAAGUGUCAAUAGUGAAGUUAAUGACAUGAGUUACAUGUAGAUGCCUCCGUUCAGGUGUCGUUCUUGCCAGCUCACUGUCACAUUUAAAUAGAACAGAGCUAUAACACCUGUGCUUUUCCACUUAUGAAGAUGUUCAAGCUACUUUUUCACAGUUUCACCUAGUAGUUAGUUUGAGAAUUAUAGCUAUCCUCCAUUUCAAACUGUUCAAACAGCAGACAUUACUGUUAAUAUGUUUGGAAAUGGACAUUGUAAUAAAACAACACACAGCUCACUUACAGUUAGUUCGACAGACAUUUUCACAGUUCUGUGCGUUCUUAGUGAAACUGGAUGACUAGAAGAGGAGCUGCUAGUAAUGUACCUACAGUGUUUACAGUAGAUUCUUUCAGAAGUGAUUGUAUAUUGUUUUAUUUCUUUGACAUUAGUUUCUAAACACUGCAAACUUUUAAUUAAAAAGAGAAUGCUCUCUGUAAUGCAGUCAGAUCAUUUCCUAGUGCCUCUGCUCUGAACACAGAUUUAUAGUCGUUGCUGCUGUUGGAACCAAAAGAUGGUGAAUGUUUUUUAAAUAUACUUUCAUUUUGAACUGAAGGGAUGCCCUUUUUUCUGUAACGCAUUCAUUUUAAUCAACCUAAAUGUUCGAUCACCCUGUAAAUGCAUCUAUUUCUUAUAUUUGAUGCAAGUUUGCAGGUAGUCACUCGCCCACUUCUGAAUAACAGGCGUCACUGACACGCAGCUCUGACAGUAUCAGCUUUUCAUCAUCAUCUGUUUAAAAUCAGUUGUACAUGGUCUUAUUUGUUGUGGUUAUAACAAAACGAAAUCCUAAAACAUUACAUGAAAGAAUUUGAAACAGCUCCUUGAUAACAUGAGUAAUGAUUACCCAAAGACUUCUGGAAAAAUAAAACUUGAAUCUGACACUUCAAUAUGUGCUGCUUCAUUUGGUAACGUUUAAGUGUUUGAUAAUAGUUUACAUGACAUUUAUGUUUGAGAUGUAUUUAAACCAUUUGAUUCCA